CAAGCUUUUCGAACUCUCUAGAAAAUUGAGCACCUCCUUUCUCUCAACGAGUUCAAGCCCCAUCUUCUUUUUUCAAAUCUCCCAGAUUCUUCUCUUUUCCCAUUGCUCUGAUUCUUUGGGAAGUUGGUUGGAGGGGUAAUUUGAGCUCGAGAAUUGGAUUUGGUCAUCAAUUUCAUUGUAUAAGAUGCACUUCUGGUCAUCAUCAUACCAAAAUGCAGAAUUUUGUUUGUCUUUUACCUCUGAAUGGAUGCCAAGAAGUUCAUGCAAUUGGUCGAGGAGAAAAAGAAGAGAGCUCUUGAGAAGAAUGAAGCCCGCUUGAAAUGGGAGCAAAAACUUGAAGCUGCAGCAAGAGCAAUAUCUGAUGCUGAAGCUAGAGAGAAAGCCAAGGCAGCUAAGCAUAAAAGGAAAUCGGACUUGGAGUCUGAUAGUGCCAGUGACACUGAUAGUGGAUAUGAAGGGAAAAAAUCCACCAAAAAGCACCACAAGAAACAUAGGAAGCACCAUAGCUCUGAGUCUGGUGAUUCGGAUAGGAAGGAGAAGAAAUCCAAGCGAAAGCCUAAGAGAAGAUCCUCCGAUUCGAGUGAUGAUAGCAGUGAGGAAUAUGAUGGUGAUUCAGAAGAAGAGAGAAGAAGAAAGAAGCGGGGCCACAAGAAGCGCAGGCAUCAUGAUAGACGCGCAGAUUAUAGUUCCUCAGACUCUUCAGAUGAUGAAGAUGUGAGAAGAAGACGCCAUUCAAAGCAUCACAAACGCCAUCGACGAUCACACUCGGAUGGUUCAGAGUCUUCAAGUGAUGAUGAUCACGUUGCAGCCAGGAAACGAAGCCACACAAAGCAUCAUAAACGUCAGGGAAGGUUUGACUCAGAUGCUUCUGUCUCUUCUAGUGAUGAAGAAAAACUGAACUGCAGUAAUCACGGAAAACAUAGGAAAUGUCAUCGCACGUCCCAUAGUCAUGAUUCAAGGUCCUCAGAUUCUGAAGCUUUUAGGCGUGAUAGAAGUAGAUCCCUAGGUAAAUCUUCUGAUGAGAAUGAGGAACUAGAUAAAAAAGAAAAGCACAGGAAGAAUCAUCAUCGACAUGGCCAUCACCGUCAUCACCGUUCCAACCAUAAGCAUCACCACUCAGAUGAAGUGUCCAAGGACAAGCACCAAUCCCACGGCGAGGAAGAGAAAAAUGAUGAGCCAGUGGAACGUGGUUCUGAGGUGCGCAAGGAAAGUGAUGGCAAUGGUGCUCAUGAUAUUCAGAAUGCUUAGGAUGUUAUGACUGCUUGCACUCAAUUCAUGUUGUUUUCCAUUUAACUUCAUUCUGUGGAGACUGUAAACUGCCAUUGCGAAUUAUAGUUGUGCUGUAGUUUGUUUCGUAUUUCAUUAAUACUGUUGAAUCUUUCUAUAGACCAGCACAUUUAUGAUACUAGUGAUUCUGCUAUUGAUUAACAGAGUAACAUCG